GUACGUUAGUUUGCGAGUAUUCAAGUUUAGGUACCGAAAGGGCACUAGUUAGAUCGCUAGUGUAAUCAAUUCCCCGAACUUUAGAAUCUCUGGUUUUCGCGCGUAUCGAGACGACACUCCCGCGUCUCGAUCAGGGUUUCUAGCCGACCCUUGAUCAUAGCUAGUGGCGACUCCAAUCAAAUGUGUAAAUUAAAAAAUUCUCGUCGCGCGGGGUAUGAGGCUUGGGAGUACCUCGGUCAUUGGAUUAAUGAACCAUUUGGUUCACCAUUCAAACGAAUCAAUCGUUGUUCAUAUCCAUCGACAAAUACCUCUUGGCCUAAACCCGAUCGGGACGGGUAGGUCGCGACAGCUUGGCGACUCCGCUGGGGACUUGAGGACUUAGGCCUAAUAUAACUUGAUUGUUUGUUAACUAACGUGGUCUUAUGGCAGCGCACUGUGAAGGCUAAGGUUGGUGUAAAGGGUGUACGUGUAUGUGAAUGAAAAUUGAAGUGUUGUUUUGAUAUUAACUGUCGUGCAUGCUUUUACCUGCUUUAGCACUACACCUUGCACACACAACCCGCGAUCUAAAACCCCGAUCGCCUUAGGAAAUCCAUAGGAGGUGCCAAAAGUGUGGAAACCGUGCAGGGAAGGACCCAUGGCUAUCCCCUUUUGGUUCCGCCCAUUUUCAAAUAGUGAUAAAGAGGACUGUCCAACGUAAGUACGGAAUGGGGAAAACUCUUUUGAUCUAUUUGGGAUGGGGACCUUUAGCCUUUAGAACUCCCACCUUUAGUGAGCUUCACGAGUCGGCAUACGACUUGUUUUUGUGUUUGACAUAUCCACCAUUUUUGGGUAAAGGUUUGUCUCUCCUUCGCAUUCAAUAAUCGCAACCCCUUUUUCCAUGCGAAUUUAAAUUUACUUUGUAAUAAAUAGUGAUUGAUUUAAAUGCCCCUAGACUUAGAUAUCAUGGGCCUCGAUGAACUUCGAAUCCUCCCGAUCCCGAAGCGAGUGUUGUUGGACAUGUGGGAUACUCUCGACCCAAGCAAGAAGAACUACGUGGAAAAGAAGAUCGGCCACCUCCUUUCUCUUUUACAUAUAGAACCCCAAGUGACAUUGAUUAAAGCCUUGGCCCACUUUUGGAACCCCGAAACCUCAACCUUUGUGUUUGAUCGUCACGAAUUAACCCCGACUUUGGAGGAAAUUCAAAUCAUCAUAGGCGAUGUCCCUUCCCUUAGUGUCGUCGAUCCUUCUUUAGGCGUGGAUCCAGUCCCUCGUUUGAGUCAAAUUCUAGGGGUCCCGCCGCCCGAAAUUAGGACACUCCUCAAUAGAAACUCCAAGGGUCUCCCACUAGCUUUCCUUGAACAACGAUUCCAUAGCUUCCUUUCGAGUCCUAGAGCAGAAUCCACUAAAGUUUUUCUAUUAGCCUUCUUCGGGUUUGUCAUCUUUCCCUUCACUCAAAAAACAAUGGACCCCACUGUCAUCCAUGUUAUCGAUGGGAUCCUCGUCCUCAAAGGGUUUACCAACAUGAUCCUCGCCGAAAUGUUUAUCUCUCUCAAUCGUUUCAAGAAGGACAAGCGUGUAGCCCUAAGAGCCCCCUUAGGUAUUCUCCAAGUCUGGUUUGUGUCUCACUUGAAACAAUUCGGUGGAAACUUAGCCAUUCCUCAUGUUAGUAAGGACAUAAAUCCCCUUACCCAAUUCAAAGAGAUAGAAAAAUUCCUUCGUCCUUGGACCUUUCAUAAUUGGGUAGACUUCCUCGAGAAUCUUACACCUAAACAAGUUCUUUGGCAAGCCCUUUGGGUUCAUUUUCCUAAAGUAUGUCUUACAAGCGGCCAUAGUGACCCAAUUCCACUCUUAGGUUUGACGGGAUCGACUUCUUAUUAUCCUUUAAGAGCCGCCCGUCAAUUCUAUGUGCUUCAAGAAAUUCCUCCUCCUCUAAAGUCGGGUUUAUUUCGUUUCGAUUUUCGCAAUGGGGUUAUCAAGGGAGACCAACUCGAGGAAUUGAAGAACGAGAUGAAACGAAUCAUCGAUUUACUUUACUGCUACCAACCGAAGGAUGUGGAGCGAGCCACCGACUUGGAAGGAUCCAUGAAGGAACACCAUGCAUCGAAGGAAUACAUAGCGCGACGUGUCGAGCCCGAGCUCGCCGUCACCAUCCCAAAAUUUCCCGUGAUUGCAACCCCCAAGGAGACUCAAAUGGGGCGGAUCAUAAGAGAAAGGGACGAAGCCCUGGCUGAGGCAGAACAUUGGCAGAAAGCUUACAAGCGCGUCCGCAACAUGCUGUGAAGAGGCCUUAUAUCCAAGACUAGUCAUGUUCUAUUAUUUUCUUCUAGGGUGUUCUUUUAAUUAUCUUGGAAUUGAUGUAUAUUGCUUUUUCUUUUCAUGAACUUUUAGGGCAAAUGUCUAGGUAUGCUUUUUACUAUUUAGCGGAUGUAUAGGGAUCUCCUUUCACAAAUUUUAAUGUAAUUAGUGAAAUUCCCUCUUUUGUAGGUUGAAUGGAACAUGACAUGGGCAUUUUAA